GCCAUGGCCAAGAACAAGAACGUAAACUACAAAGGGUCUUAUGGUUCCCAAAAACUGAAAGAACGAGAAGGCCGAGCUUGCAUCCGGUUUAAGUGUGCCCUCACAAACACCAUCUUAGACGUCCUUCGUCAGAGGCCAGGAUGGGUGGAAGUGAAAGAGGAGGGCGACUGGGACUUCUACUGGUGUGACAUCCGCUGGCUCCAGGAGAACUUUGACCACACCUACAUGGAUGAGCAUGUCCGCAUCAGUCACUUCCGCAAUCACUACGAGCUGACUCGGAAGAACUACAUCGUGAAGAACCUGAAGCGGUUUCGGAAGCAGCUGGAGCGGGACUCCGGGAAGCUGGAGGCCAUGAAAUGCGACUUCUUCCCCAAGACGUUUGAGAUGCCCUCUGAGUACCACCUCUUUGUGGAAGAGUUUCGCAAGAACCCCGGCAUCACCUGGAUCAUGAAACCGGUCGCCAGGUCUCAAGGGAGAGGCAUUUUUCUCUUCCGGAAGCUCAAGGAUGUGAUUGACUGGAGGAAGGACGGCGUCCGCAUAGAUGACCAGAAAGAUGACAUUCCGGUAGAGAAUUAUGUGGCUCAGCGUUAUAUCGAGAACCCGUACUUAAUCGGGGGCCGGAAGUUCGACUUGCGGGUGUAUGUCCUCGUGAUGUCGUACCUGCCCCUCAAAGCCUGGCUGUACCGAGAUGGCUUUGCUCGCUUCUCCAACACACGAUUCACUCUGAAUACCAUCGAUGACCAGUAUGUUCACCUGACAAAUGUAGCUGUUCAGAAGACAGCUCCCGACUACGAUCCUGAGAAGGGCUGCAAGUGGAUGAUCCAGCAGUUCCGCCUCUACAUGACGGCCAAGCAUGGGGCGGAGCAGGUGGAGAUCCUCUUUGCCGCCAUGGACAACAUCUUCAUCAAGAGCCUGCAGAGCGUCCAGAAAGUGAUCAUCAGCGACAAGCACUGCUUCGAGCUGUACGGCUACGACAUCCUGAUCGACCAGGACCUCAAGCCCUGGCUCCUAGAAGUCAACGCUUCUCCGUCCCUCACUGCCAGCAGCCAGGAGGACUAUGAACUCAAAAGCAGCCUUCUUGAGGACACGCUGAACAUAGUGGACAUGGAAGGAAGGUUGACAGGGAAGGAAAAACGUGUCGGGGGCUUCGACCUCAUAUGGAACGACGGUCCCAUCAGCAAAGCAGACGGGAAUCUGGACACACCGAUGAACGGCUUUGUGGCAAACACGCACCUAGGCUACAACAAUGACAGGAAGAAACAGCUGAAGCAGCUUUUCAAGUCUGCUCCGACGCAGCAGAAAGCUUAA